GCAGACAGGCAUCCUCAUGGCGAGCAAUCGGAGCAUCGAGCUGGAGCACUUCGAGGAGAGGGACAAGAGGCAGCAGCGGGCCGGGCCGCGCCGCGGCGGUACCGGCUCCGGGAGUGCAGGACCGCGGGGCAAUGGGCUGAUCCCCAGCCCGGCGCACAGCGCGCACUGCAGCCUCUACCGGACGCGGACACUGCAGGCGCUCAGCUCGGAGAAGAAGGCCCGGAAAGCCCGAUUCUACCGCAACGGGGACAAGUACUUCAAGGGGUUGGUGUAUGCUAUCUCCCCCGACCGCUUCCGAUCCUUCGACGCUCUCCUCGUAGAGCUCACUCGGUCGCUGUCGGACAACGUGAACCUGCCUCAGGGUGUCCGCACUAUCUACACCAUUGACGGCAGCAAGAAGCUCACCAGCCUGGAUGAGCUGCUGGAAGGUGAAAGUUAUGUUUGUGCAUCCAACGAACCAUUCCGCAAAGUUGAUUACACCAAGAAUGUGAAUCCCAACUGGUGUGUCAACAUCAGGACUGGGUCCACCCGAUCCUUGACAUCUUUAACAUCUACAAAGAGUGAAGUGAAGGAGAGUAAAGAUUUCAUUAAGCCCAAAUUGGUGACUGUUAUUAGGAGUGGGGUAAAACCCCGGAAAGCUGUGAGAAUCCUGCUGAAUAAGAAGACUGCUCACUCCUUCGAACAGGUCUUGACUGACAUCACAGAAGCCAUUAAGUUAGAUUCGGGUGUAGUCAAGAGGCUUUGUACACUGGAUGGAAAACAGGUGACAUGCUUGCAGGACUUCUUUGGAGAUGAUGAUGUCUUCAUUGCAUGCGGACCUGAGAAAUACCGCUAUGCUCAGGAUGACUUUGUGUUGGAUCACAGUGAAUGCCGGGUUAUGAAGUCCUCUUACUCCCGAUCGUCUGCCAUGAGGCACUCGGGGUCCAAAAGUCCAGGACCUUCACGUCGAAGCAAAUCACCUGCCUCAGUAAAGAGGGGUGGCCACUACUCCAGUGCUCAUUCUUCAGCAAAAUCCCCAGUAAAUGGAACUCCAAGUAGUCAGUUAUCCACCCCAAAAUCUACAAAGUCCUCGAGUUCUUCACCAACAAGCCCAGGCAGCUUUCGUGGACUCAAGAUUUCUCCUCAUGGUGGAUCUUCUUCCAAUGUGAAUGGUGUGUCUGAAUCACUCCGUUGCCACAGUCCUGAAGGUGUGAAUGGAAACAAGUGCUCAGGGUCAUCCACCAUUCUUGAGAAAUACAAAGUCGGGAAGGUGAUCGGUGAUGGCAAUUUUGCUGUUGUAAAGGAGUGCAUAGAACGAUCCACAGGAAAGGAGUUUGCACUGAAGAUCAUAGACAAGGCUAAAUGCUGUGGAAAGGUAGUGUACAGCAGAACACUGAUUGAAAAUGAAGUGUCCAUUCUGCGUCAAGUGAAGCAUCCAAACAUCAUUAUGCUAAUAGAGGAAAUGGACACCCCAACAGAACUCUAUCUGGUGAUGGAACUGGUCAAGGGAGGAGAUCUAUUUGAUGCUAUCACUUCUUACAAAUACACAGAGCGAGAUGAUGCCAUGGUCUACAAUCUAGCCAGUGCCCUCAAAUACCUUCAUGCUCUUAACAUUGUGCACAGAGACAUCAAGCCAGAAAAUCUCCUGGUAUGUGAAUAUUCAGAUGGAACCAAGUCUUUGAAGCUAGGAGACUUUGGACUGGCAACUGUGGUUGAAGGACCUUUAUAUACUGUCUGUGGUACACCCACAUAUGUGGCUCCAGAAAUCAUUGCAGAAACAGGCUAUGGCUUAAAGGUGGAUAUUUGGGCUGCAGGUGUGAUCACAUACAUACUGCUGUGUGGAUUUCCACCUUUUCGCAGUGAAAACAAUCUUCAGGAAGAUCUCUUUGAUCAGAUACUUGUUGGGAAGCUGGAAUUUCCUUCUCCCUACUGGGAUAACAUCACGGAUUCAGCAAAGGAGUUGAUCAGCCUGAUGUUACAUGUGAAUGCUGAAGCUCGAUAUACAGCAGCACAGAUCCUAAGCCAUCCCUGGGUGUCAGAUGAUGCUUCCCAGGAGAAUAAUAUGCAAGCUGAAGUAACAGGUAAACUGAAGCAGCACUUUAAUAACACCCUACCCAAGCAAAAUAACACCUCUGCUGGGGUUUCUGUCAUCAUGAACACAGCUCUAGAUAAAACGACUCAGAUUUUCUGCAGCAAGCGCUGUCAGGACUCUGGUAGAGCUGGAAUGGAGAAAAAAUCUGCAAUUACUGCUGCAGCUGAUGAUCCCUGUGUGGCUGGGUCCGAGACCCCCCUCCCUGCUGUUUCUGAGCCACUUGGAUCCCACCCGCUCCCUGUGCCAGCAUCUCCUGAGUUGGCUGGGGAGCAGGACUGCUGACACCAAAUCCAACUGAAGCCCCCUGCACUCUGGCCAGAAUUUCUCUGUUUACCAGGACAGUUUGUGUGCAGUUGGUGUGCACCCUCUCGUGGCGAGCUGGAGGCUCUGGCAUGGGAGCCUGAGCUGAUGGUGGGUGAGUGACCCUGUGCUUGGAGUGCUCUUCGCCCUUGUCUUGCGGACAGCAGUAAAGCAAGAUUCUGGCAAUGCUGGAUAAAUUUUUAAGUAAAUUAUCUGUGGUAGUUGAAUUAACGGCAUUUCACACAUCCUUGGGCUCUAAAUAGACUUAACUCCUGCUGUAGUUAACCAUAUGUUAUGCGAGCAGUGAGACAAUGAACAGAUCACCUCCACAAGCAGGUCCAGUUCUGUUGUUGUGAUGAGGAUUCUCAGAAAUGGGGGAGAGGAAGACAAGGGAAGAAAACUUAUCUUCUGCUCUGAUGCCUCUGUUUUUAGCCAACUUUCUACUAAACUUGAAGAGGCAAAUUUUCACAAAAUAUUUUUUAGUGGACUAACUGUAAAAUUAUCAUGAGACACAUACUGGAGAUAGAGGAAAGGAUGUCGUUUGUUACCUGAUUUGCAGGCUGCAGGGUAGUGUUUAGAUAAUGUGACUUUAAAUAAACUGACAUGGGAUGUAAACAUGAGCACUGGACAUUUAUUCGUAACGAAGACUGGAGACAAGGAAGUCUUUCUGAUCUAGCCAUUUUCUAGCCUAACCACAAGUGUCCCAUCCACACCUUUCUCCAGGGUCUGACUACCUAUUAGAUAAAAUUACUUUGGACCUGUGAAUGGAAAGCGUGCUGCAUGUUAUCUAAGCUCAGGUGAAUGGAGCAACUUUAGUUCUAGGGUGAGCUGAUAGAGGAACUACUACAAAUAGCUGCCAUCAACAGCUGUCACAGGUUUUGUCAGUGCUAUCCCCCCCUCUUCACCUGGUGCAGGCACUGGAAACAAGAAUUGGGGAGCAGCUUCCUUAAUCUGCAGUCACAAAAUAGGUGAGGCUCUCUCUUUACCAUCAUGCUUAGGUCAAUAUAGUAUGUAUUUAGCUUAUUCUUUGCUCAUUCUUAUGAAUUGGUCAUUUUCUUUCUUGGCUAUACUUUCUACUAGAAUUGUAAAAGACCUGCAAUAAACUUUCUUCA